AUGACCGCUUCUUUUGCAUCCGAACUGUUUCCUAUUGUAGAAGAGGCAGGAAUAAUGAGUAAAGGGUAUGUUUGGAUAAUCACUGAUGGGUUAUCAACUUUGUUAGAUCCAAUUGAGAAAAAUGUUAGUGAUUCUAUGCAUGGUAUUUUGGGUUUGCGGCAAUAUGUGCCCAAUACAAAGCAUCUUGAAGAAUUCAAAACCAGAUUCAAUGUUUCAGAGAUAAACAUUUAUGGUCUAUGGGCAUAUGAUACUAUUUGGGCACUGGCUAAGUCUGUGGAAUUAGUAUUUUCACAUGUGAACUCAACUCAAACUGGUGUUGGUGGCCUAAGAGUCUCGGAAUUAGGUCCACGGCUUCUUGAAAAGUUACUGUCUACCAGAUUUGUAGGCCUAAGUGGAGAAUUCCGUUUGAAUAGAGGACAGUUGCAAGUAGAAAAAUUCAAAAUAAUAAAUGUGAGAAGGAAAAAAGGUGAGAAAGUUAUUGGAUAUUGGACCGAAGAGAAAGAAAUACAUAUUGAUUCAGGGGAAAAUGGUGAUGUAGCAAAUUCAAGCUCCAUUGAUGAACUAAAGGACAGAAUCAUUUGGUUUGGAUAUUAUUAUGCAAAAGUCCCAACUCCCAAAGGUUGGGUAAUACCCGUAUCCAAUAACAAGUUGAGGAUUGGGGUCCCUUUGCUAAGUAGUUACUUGAAAGGAUUUCUGGACAUAAACUGGGAUCCCAAAACUCUCAAGGUCACCAACAUUAAAGGUUUCUCCUACGAUGUCUUCGUUGCUGCAUUACAAAAACUACCAUUUGAUGUUCCGCAUGAGUUUUUUGCAUUUGUAAACAACUCAAGCCAAAUGAACGGGACUUAUAAUGAUCUUCUUUACCAGAUAAAGCUUGGGUUGACAAUGCGGAAUUAUGAUGCUGUAGUGGGAGAUACAACAAUUACUGCAAACAGGACCGCUUAUGUUGAUUUCACAUUGCCGUAUUCCGAAUCAGGGGUUUGGAUGAUUGUGAAAGUUAAAGAUGAGAAAACCAAAAAUAUUUGGAUUUUCCUCAAACCUCUGAAAUGGACUCUUUGGUUGACAAUUGCAAUAGCCUUCUUGUCUACAGGUUUCAUAGUAUGGAUUCUUGAACGUCGUACAAACAUAGAUUUGAGGGGUUCAGCACACCAACAGCUUAGCAAAGUUUUUUUGUUCUCCUUUUUAACUCCUGUAUUUGCUCAUGAAGGUGAAAAGGUGGAGAAUCACUGGUCAAGAUUUGUGCUGACCAUCUGGGUUUUUGUGGCAUUCAUUGUUACACAAAGUUACACUGCUAGCUUAGCCUCCAUGUUGACAGUGCAAAGGAUGCAACCAUCAUUUGUCAAUGUCGACGAGCUAAGGAUGAAGGACUGUUAUGAAUCCAGGCUGAGGCCCUAUGCUUCCCAAGAGGAGUAUCACCAAGCAUUGUCUAAAGGAAGCAAAAAUGGUGGAGUCGAGGCUAUGUUCCAUGAAAUUCCCUAUGCGAAGCUCUUCCUUGCUAAGUAUUACUCUAGAUACACAACCGUCGGAACAACCUACAAAUCGGAUGGCUUUGGCUUUGCCUUCCCAUUAGGAUCUCCACUUGUACCUUACAUGUCAAGGGCAAUCCUAAAUGUGACUGAAGAUCAUAAGAAGAUGCAAGAAUUGGAACUCAAGUAUUUUUCAUAUCAAAGCAAAUGCCAAGUUUAUAGUUCCACAUCCCCUGCAAAUAGUCAUGGUCUUAGUGCUAUCAGUUUUGGUGGCCUUUUCAUCAUAAUGGGACUCACUUUAGUUUUUUUUUGCUUGAUAUUUUUUGUUAAAUCUGGGUACGUUAGGACUUGUCUUCUAGCAAUGCUAUAG